AUGUGUCGCGCCGAGAUCCGGCUCGUCCUGCUGGCGCUGGUCCUCUGCCAGGCGCCUCUGGGGCCAGCCACCCCGGUACCGGUGGGCGGAGGGACAGUGCUGGCCAAGAUGUACCCGCGAGGCAACCACUGGGCGGUGGGGCACUUAAUGGGGAAAAAGAGCACAGGAGAAUCCCCACCUGUGCUUGAGGGAGACAGCCUGCAGGAGCAUCGAAGGGAAGACAUUCAGUGGGAAGAGGCUACAAGGAAUUUGCUAGGCUUCAUGGAAGUGAAGGGGAACAGAAGUUAUCGGUCACCUCAGCUCAAGCCCCCAAGCGACCACCAGCUCACUUGGGACACAGAGGAUAGCAGCAACCUGAAAGAUUUGGUAGAAUACGUGCUCCACAUUCUUAAGGGGAAGGAAGGAGCCUCCAGCUAA